CGUGGACUUGCUUCUUGAUUUAAAACCGUCAUCUGCUGUUCCGUGGUACAUGUGAAUUCCUGAUCACACUCCUAUACGUUCCCGAUUACCCCCUCCUCUGGCCUCCAACUGAACAGCUCUUCGCGACUGCGGCCUCUUCCCCCUCCCUUCCAUACCGGACCCGCUCUCUAGCCCAACCGAUUCAAGCGCGCUCGAUCUAUAUUCACGAAGAUAGCUUUCGUCAUCGCGGUGCUGGUCGAACUUCCCUCGGUGAACUCAAUGCGGCCCUCCAUCCUUCAUCUCAUUCGUGACAGGUGAUAGGCAUUCAUUACGGCUAGAUGGAGAUCUAUGGCGUCCGGAUAUAACUCAGCGUUCUCGGCGACUUCGACCCAGCACCGCGCUGUGGGAGAUGGGCGGUCAUAUUCUAGCCUGGAUGAUGGCUCGGUGGACGGCAGUUGGCCGGGGGCGGCUUCGCGGUCAGGGAGGAAUACUCGCUCGGAGUCUGGAGGCAGUGCGACUAUCGGGUUUCGGGCAGCGCCGUCGCUGGCCCCCUCUUCUGGGUCUGGGGGGCCAGGGAGCUUCAGCUCUGAGCUCCGGAGCAUGAAAACAUCACGGAGUACAACGCCACGUCCCGAUACUACGACGUUUAGGCGAAGAGGAAGCAGUAACGUCGAGCCUGAUGACCUGUCCAGUACCGAGGAGCGCCAGGCUGCGAUCCGAAAUAAGAUUGCGAAGGAGAUGAAAAUCAAAACAGGGACGGAGAAUAUGCUCGAGGCAUUGCUGGCCAAAAAUCCGAAACACACAAAGGAUCAGAGGUUAAAAGUAGAAUCAGAGUUGAGCUCGUCGAAUCGAAAGCUCGCGGAGUUGCACCAUGAGCUGGAGGAGGAAUUGUUACGUGCGCAGGCGCCGUCCACCCCUCCUCGGAGUCGUUUGUCGUCUUUGUUUCAGGGCAGCUCCAUGCGAUCGCCCUCUCGGAGCAAUGUCAAUGUAGAGUUGGACGAUGGCCAGCCGGAGGACGGAGAGGCGGAAAUGGAAUCGCCGACAUAUGUACUUGCGGAAACAUUGCAGGCUUUGGAGAUCGAAGGCAUGUCGCCGGAUUACUAUGUCGAGCGCGCAAAUAGCCUGGUCGAACUCUUCAAACGACAUCCCACCUUAAAGUACGACCUAGCUUGGUCUGUUUUCGGGUUGCGUGUCCAGGUCAUGCUCUUGAGUGACAAUAAGGAAGUUGUAGCAGCUGGGUACAGGUUGACCCGCUAUGCUAUCGCAGAUCGGAAAUCGCUCCAGAUCAUCCGCUCAUUACACACGGACGAGCUAGUAAUCUUGUCGCUUGUCAAGGAGAGCAAAGCGAGCAUCGAGCGCGAGCAAGCCCUGAAAUUCGUCAGGGCUUUUCUAGACGUCAAGGAUGGUGUGCGUGAAAUCUCACGCUCUGUGGUGCGGACUAUUGUCUCUGUUGCUGAGCAUUACGAAGAUCGCCUCCGAAAUAUUUCAAUUAUGACUCUCGCCGAAAUCUUAGUCAAAGACCCGGAGCUUAUCGCAUAUGCUGGCGGCUUUGCAAUACUACAUGACGCUCUAGCAGAAGGGACAUUUGGGGCUUCUGAAUCUCUGAUAGGGAGCUUUCUACAUGUUCUUGACACACCACAAAGCAGGAAACACCUGCAAGGAGGGUGUGAGCUUGAAGCUGUUCUUGCACCCUUCACUGAUUCAUUAGCCGACAGCAUUCGCAACGGUCGUUUAAAAUCAUCAGCUAAAGCUAUAUCGGCAAUGCUCAAGAGCUGGCCCGGCAUAUUGGUUCUCGCAAGGAAUGGGGGGAAGCCCUUACAGUCGCUCUUGGAGUCCUUGCACUACCCAGAUUCGCAGGCUAGAGAUCUGAUCAUGGAGCUCCUGUUCGAUGCUUUACGGAUUAAACCACCGUCAUGGUCUUCAUCUUUCCUUGCAGGUCGGCGACUCACAACUUAUGGCAGAGUCUCAAAUCUUCGGUCAGAGACUGACGCGAAACAAUAUCGCGGAUACUACGACGACAACGAGAGUAAAUUUGACUUGACAGCACAUUUUUCUACCCUCAUCCUUGCAACAUUAGUGGAUGCAGGAUUGUCAAAGGCUCUCUCUGAGCUCAUCGAGGAUGAAGAAGAUCUGUCUCUUAGACGGAAAGCAACAUUACUCUUGACAGAAGUCCUGAAGUUAGCCCAGCACUCUUUACCACAGGAGAUAAGCUCCAAGCUUCAGGUCCUCCCGCACUUAUUGCCCGCCGCUAUCCAGUUCGAUGUUGAGAAUCAUGAUGUUUCUACGGCUACAAUUUAUCAAAUUGAAAGCAUAAACAGAACGUUGGCACGCUCUGUUGGUUUCUCGAAUGGACCUGGGCGAUAUAGUGUGGAUGUUGAUAUUUCAGCCUCUCUUCUGUCUAGUGACCAAAGCAAAGACAAGAUGAGCCCUACAAUGGAUGAAACCCAAUUCCGCAAUGCGAUUCUAGAAACGCAUGUCUUGAAUACAGUGAAUUACCUAAAGUGGAAAUGGGAUCUCAUCCACCGCAUUGUUGAGGGACCCCUGACAAACCCCAAGAGGCUAGACGAGGCGAUCAAGGGAUCAAAAUUCAUGAAGCGACUCAUGGGGUUCUACCGGCCUUUUAAGUAUAGGUUCUCCAUGCUCCCGAAUACGAAGCCCAACCAACGCUACGUUCGAACAGGUUGCGCAUUGAUGCGCACCCUAGUCUCAAUCCCUGAGGGAAUUAAGUACUUAGCCGAGAAUAAAUUUCUUAGACAGGUUGCGGAAUGCCUUGCUCAGGUUGAUCGUAUGAGCGGGCUAACGUCAUCUUCACCAUUGUUCUCCCGAGAGCAAAUGGCCAGCACAUUGAGCGGAGGGUACUUCGCCCUUCUAGGGACAUUGACCGGCGACACCAAUGGGCUUUCUAUGAUGGAACGGUGGCACAUGCUCAACAUGUUUUAUCAUAUCAUUGAGCUUCGGGAUCGAGACGACCUCAUACAGACCCUCUUGGGCAACAUGGACUACACAAAGGACAGUCACUUGAGAGUGAUGCUAUCCAAGGCUCUCACAACGGGCUCCAAGGAUACUCGUAUCUUCGCCACAAAAUUGCUCCGAAAGUACGCGGUAGGGAAUGUUCCACUUUCUCCACAGAUGGCUAUAGGCAAUGCAGACUGGGUUGUUAAAUUUCUUGUCACACAACUGUAUGAUCCUGACGUGUCCGUAUGCCAAAUAGCUGUGAAGAUCCUCGAAGAGGCAUGCAAUCAUCGAGACUAUCUCGAGUUUGUGGUCAAAUGCAGGCCGUCCCUUGACCACCUGGGUGAAAUCGGCGCGCCUUUGCUCUUACGGUUUCUAUCAACCUCAGUCGGCUAUCAUUAUUUAGAUGGACUCGAUUACAUCACGCAAGAAAUGGACGAUUGGUUCUUGGGCCGCAACGAUGCAUAUGUGGGUCUAGUGGAAGCCGCUUUAUCGCGGGCCUACGUCGAUCAACCGCGAAGGGGCAGUUUCGUUCCUGAAGAUCUCGUGGAUCUGCAAGACAUCGGGCUGGUCCCACCACAUUUCUACCGCGAGCUGGCCCGUACCGCAGAAGGCUGCAAGCUUCUUGAGCAAUCGGGCCAUUUCAGCGAAUUCGCUUGGACCAUCCGCGAUUUCCGACUGGACGAUGAAGACACUGAGAUUUUACUCAAAGUUAAGGGCUGCCUCUGGGCCGUUGGCAACGUUGGCUCCAUGGAGUUGGGCGCUCCGUUCCUCGAGCCUGAUAUUGUUGAGCGUAUAGUUAAAAUCGCCGAAAGUGCUGAAGUCCUGACGAUGAGGGGAACCGCAUUCUUCGUAUUGGGGUUGAUCUCCCGCAGUCGACAUGGUCUCAAGGUACUGAGAGAUUUCGGAUGGGACUCUGCUAUCGAUCAGAAAGGAAAUUCCCUAGGACUGUGCCUUCCCACCGAUUUCAAUAAAUUGUUCCUGGUGGAAUUCCCUUCACAUUCAAGAAAUCAAGAAUCCAAACGCUUGUCUCAUGACAAAUUCAAGGAAGCCACCACCGAUGCAGAUGCCACCAACCAAAAGAUCCUAAAGCUCAUCGUCGAUAUGGGAAACACUGUCUUGUCCAAACGAGCGGCGGCGGAUCUUCAUAGCAUGAAAUCAAAGCAACCCGAACGAUUCCACCAACCACACUUAUUCCGCAAAACCCUCAGUAUCCUCGAAAGCCAUCACUUCCGUCUUCCAGCGCGACGCUUUGCCCUUGACCUAUUCGAUAAAAGUGUCAUGCGACGAAUCGUAAUGGAAGACGAGUCCGACACCGACUCAGAAGCAACCUCCUCCCAGGAAUCAACCUAAGCUAGCGACAUCAGCUUCUUUGAUCUCGCGCCUUCAAUCACAGUAUAAAAUCCACUGUAACUCGGAUGACUCUAUUCCGCAAAGCCGUAGAAAGCCAUAAAUGAAUGGCGGUACUACUAUGGGCAAACUGGGGACAAGGUGGCCACACUGUUAAAC